CAUGCAUGGAAUUUUGUUAUUUUUCAGUGUUCAAUUCGCAUCGGUUAAAUUAUUCGCUGUAAUUUACUUUGAAUUUACUUUUUUCUUUCUCUAAAUUACUCUUCUUUAAAGCAUGAUCUUGCUUUCUGCAAAUGUCUUGGGAAGGUACUCAUUGUUUGGGUGGUCGGAGAUCGGACCAUCUAUUAUUAGUUGGCAACGGUGGUCACUAUCUGGACAGUCCGAGAGCUUGCAAGAGAAAUUGAUCUUAUGUUCAAUUCUUGAAACUAUUUUUUCUUGAAAGAAUCGAGCUGCCGGAUCUCUUCCAUGGUUCGAGUUUUAGCUUUCCUUUCGAGCUACUUAACUGAUACAAGAAGAGAGAUGGUAGAAGAGAUAGAGCCAGAAACGGAAUCAAAAUCCGAGGUUCUUACGAGCAGUGAAUCAUUAGAUGGAAAUAACGAUCCACCGUCGAGAAGGGAAUCGGAGUUGCCCGUCCGGGUAACGUAUUCCGAUAUCAGCGGGCUUUGGACCAGCAAUUCUGCCUACUAUCCUCAUAAGCUGCCUCCUGUCUUCCCGAAAUGGAACCGAGAUUCUUAUUCUUCGCAAUGGAAGAGUGUGAUUGAAAACAUCAAGAAGAAAUCAGCGAAAGGUUUCUCUAUUAUCCCUUCGCUCACAUAUAAUUACGAUAUUUCGAGAAAGAAGUGGAGAAAAUUGUCCAGACUUUAUUGCCCCGAGGCUGGUGUUGUCGAUAAGCCAUUGUGGAAGACUUUUUCUUACUCCGACCUUGCUGUUGCUACAGAUAAUUUCAGCCCUGAGAAUUUGCUGGGAGAAGGGGGAAAUGCGGAAGUAUACAAAGGGCACUUAACUGAUGGCCAAGUUGUAGCAGUGAAGAAGCUAACAAAGAAUGAGAAAGAAGAAGAAGAUAUAGCCAAUGAUUUCUUGUUAGAACUCGGGAUCAUUGCUCACAUCAAUCACCCGAAUGCAGCUCGCUUGAUCGGAUUCGGUGUUGAUGGAGGCUUGCACUUAGUCCUUCAGUUUGCCCCUCGUGGCAGCCUUGCUUCUGUGCUUUUUGCAGGUUCAGAUGAAUGUCUAGAUUGGAAGACAAGGUAUAAAGUGGCCACCGGGAUAGCAGAGGGGCUGAAAUAUCUCCAUCAUGACUGUCCGAAGCGCAUUAUACACCGAGACAUCACGGCCUCCAACAUAUUGCUCACCGAAGAUUAUGAAGCUCAUAUCUCGGAUUUCGGUCUGGCAAAGUGGCUACCAGAGAAUUGGCAUCAACAUGUUGUCCAUCCCAUCGAAGGAACAUUCGGAUAUUUAGCUCCAGAGUAUUUCAUGCAUGGAAUAGUCGAUGAAAAGACCGAUGUAUUCGCAUUCGGAGUUCUACUACUGGAGAUAUUAACAGGCCGCCGUGCAGUUGAUUCGUCCAGACAAAGCCUCGUGAUUUGGGGAAAACCACUUCUGGAAAAAAAUAAAGUGAAGGAAUUGGUAGAUCCUCGACUAGAAGACAAUUACGAUCAAACCGAAGUGAAACGUGCAAUGUUUACAGCUUUCUUGUGUAUAAACCACUUAGCCAAACUACGUCCAAGCAUGAGUAGGGUCGUAGAGUUGCUUAAGAACGAAGAUGGUCCGGUAGAGUGGCAACAGAAAGGUUUUGGAGGGAAAGCAGUGAUAGUAGACGGUUGUGAUUUCCUAGAUUAUAAUCGAGCCAGCUAUCUAAAUGACCUGGACCGGCAUAUGCAGCUGGUUUUGGAAUAAUGGGUUCAGUUGGAUGUGUGAAAAAUUGGAACAAAUCAAUGAAAUGAAUUUUCAUAGUGUUUUCUUCUUCAGGUAAAUUUUCAGCUCCUUUGUUGUUUCGUUUAGCCAGAGGGGUUGCCAUUGGAACACUCUGAAGAUGAUUGGGAAACCGGCGUCAAUGCCACAAUUAAAGGGGAAACUUAGAGAUCAGAUGUCAUUUGUAUAAUAUUGUACUGAAAUGUACAAAAAAAUGGAAAAAAAAUUGUUAAUAUUUUU